AUGAGGAUAAAGCAGCCUUUCCCGGAAAGGUUCAUCCCUCACGAUGACACGGCGGUGCGUUGCAUGACUUGUCCAAGGUACAUCCCUCACAAUGCUGGUAUCUGCAAGAAGUGCUGGGAUGUGAAAACUGAGGCUGAGAGAGAGCUCUUGGAGGAGCUCAACGUCCUCAAAGCCAAAUCUGAUUUCCUUCACUUAUCUUCUAUCAAUCAUGAAAACAACUCCAAAUCCUUCACUGAUGUUGUUCUCAUUGCAUCUGAUGCUGAGGCCGUCACUCCUCCCAUUCACGCUCAUAAAAUCGUUCUGGUGAGCCGUUCACCAGUUUUCAAAGCAAUGCUUGAGAAUGAGAUGGAAGAAAGUCAUCGCAGCAUUAUCAAGAUCAAUGAAGUAUCCUAUGAAGUUCUUCAAAAUUUUGUAAACUAUCUCUACACCGCUGAAGCAAUCGUUGAUGAGCAAAUGGCAUGUGAUCUUUUGAUCAUGUCAGAGAAAUACCAAGUGGCAUAUCUCAAGAGACAAUGUGAGAAGUUUUUGGCAAGCAAACUGAGCCUAGAGAAAUAUCUAAAGUUCUACGUCCUUGCCCACCAGCACAAUGCAAAACAUUUGCUUGAUGCUGCGUUGACAAAGAUCAUAACUAAUAUGGAUAUGGUAACCAAAAGAGAAGAAUACAAGGAGCUCGUGAAAAGUGAUCCCCAUCUUGUCCUGAAUAUCCAUGAAACAUAUUUUUCAUUAUAUGUUGCGGAAACUAGCACAAGAUCAACUGUUUGA